AUGAGUUCUCCUGGCCCCCGCGUUAAAAAGAAGCGACGCCAGUUUUCGCUCAAAGAAAAAGUGGAGAUUUUGAUGCAGCUGAAUGCUGGAAGAAAGCAAGUCGACCUGUGCAGGGAGCGUGAUAUUCCCCCGUCAACAAUGGCGACGAUGCUCAAGGAUCGAGAAAAGAUAUUGAAAUUGCAUCGAGAGUCGCAGCUGGCUCCCUCAAGAAAACGCUUGCGACUCGGCAACUACCAGAAUGUCGCCGCCGCCGUCCUCACGUGGUUCAAGGAUGCCAGACAAAACGAUGUGCCCUUGUCAGGCCCGAUUAUUCAAGAGAAUCUUAAGGCGCUACAGUUUACGGCUGCCUUGGACAUCUCCGGUUUCGAUGCAAGUGCCGGAUGGCUUUACUGCUUCUGGCAAAGGAAUGGCAUUGCGUGGCAGGUUGCUUGUGGCGAAGAAAAGGCAGCAGAUGCCGAGAGUGCGGUUGCCCGAUGGAACGAGCACUUUCAAGAGAUCAUCAAGUCUUUCUCCCCAGACGACGUUUUCAAUGGCGAUGAAACGGCGUUCUUUUAUCAGUUGUUGCCUGAUAAGAUAAUGAACUUCAAAGGUGACAGGUGCAAGGGAGGAAAGAAAUCAUGUUUCCGUGUAUCGGUUCUGUUCUGCUGCAACUCCACGGGCACGGAAAAACUCAAGCCGCCAGUUGUUGGCAAGUCUGCUAAGCCGCACUGCUUGAAAAACGUUGUCUCGUUGCCUUGCGACUACCGAGCUAACCAAAAAGCGUGGAUUACGCGAGGAUUGUUCACUCAGUGGCUGCCGCAGCUCGACGACACAAUGAAGAAGAAAGACAGAAAAAUUCUCACCGUUGACAAUUGCUCGGCACAUAUGUGA